ACCGCCUUCAGCGUCUUCUCACUCGUUUCUCCUGCUUCUCUCGGUCGCUCUCGCACUUUUCCUUUCCCCAAGUUCUAGCUCAUCAAAAUUGCGGUGCGGUUGGAUCUGGGUGUGCCCUUUUUCUUGCCCCAAUUCGAGGUUCCCCACGCACUCGGAAGUGAUAGCUGGGCUAAAUUAUCCGUUUUGUCUCCGUUGACGUUUCUUGAUUUGGUAACGAAGGCAUUGGGUUUUCGAAUUGGAUCGGAAAUCGGGAUCUUUUUUCUAGUCUGGCGGAGAAGGAGGAGAAAGCUUCUACUUGAAAGCUCGUGAAUUGGGUUUUUCUAUUCUCAGAGUAGAUAGAAUUUUUGGAUUAGGGUUUUGAAGGGGCUAAAUCUGAGGCCUUUAGAUAGUUUGGAAUUGAUACUUUGGUAGUCUCUUUAGGUUGAAGAGAGUGGGUGUGGUUUUGGCGGGAUUGAACAGGAGUAAUCUGGGCUGCUGAUGCCAUUUGUCGAUUGGCAAUUGGGUGGACUUUUUUCGGCGAAAGUUUUUGUUAUACCGAAAAAGUUUUGAGCAGUAUAAUGUCUUGGGCAGGCCCUGAAGAUGUCUAUCUAUCUACUUCCCUCGCCAGCUAUCUUGACAAAAAACUUCUUGUGUUGCUGAGGGAUGGACGGAAGCUCUUGGGGAUACUUCGUUCGUUUGACCAAUUUGCAAAUGCUGUUCUUGAAGGUGCAUGUGAGAGAGUCAUUGUUGGUGAUCUAUACUGUGACAUUCCUUUAGGUCUAUAUAUAAUUCGUGGGGAGAAUGUUGUUUUAAUUGGCGAGCUGGACUUAGAGAAAGAGGAACUCCCCCCACAUAUGACUCGUGUCCCAGUACCAGAGAUUAGAAGGGCACAGAAGGCUGAAAGGGAAGCUUCGGACCUCAAAGGCACCAUGAGGAAAAGAAUGGAAUUCUUGGAUCUGGAUUGACGUAUGCUGGAUCGAUUGGUUUUUUCUCAUCGGCUCCAGUGAUGUCCGCAUAAUUUUUAAAUCGCGGAAAUUGGGUUUAAAAAGGCUGCUCUUCUCUCUCUCUCUCUUUCUCUCUGGUAUCCGUGACAUCUUCUGAGUAGUGUGGUUGCUUGUAACAGAUGGCUCUGCAUUCAAAAAUUUGGAAUGUAAUUGUGAUUGCGAUUUGAUUGUA